CAGCUGCUCCACCCUCUGUAUGUUUUCUACGUCUAGCUUUUCUCUCUCUAGAUUCACUGUUUCUGCAUUUUAUCCGGCUUUAGGAUUGGUUUGAAUGAAAUGUAAGCUCUUAUAUAAGCUCAAACACCAUUCAAUCCUAAGGAGUUAACCUAAAUGAAAGAUGGUCUGCAAUUCUGGGCGGUGCAGCUGAAGAACAACCCCCCCCCCAGGAGAUGAUCUUCAUGCACUUGAGUUGUCCUGACUGAUAUUUCAAUACCCCAAUCACAAUCCUCCAUUGCCGGGUCUUUUAGGAGUGAUUUGAUCUUUGAUAUGGAGGUUAAUGGUAUGGCGGGAGGAAUGAUCUCCGGUCUGUCUCCUGGGAUGCUUGGACUGGAGAUGCCUCUGCACCAAGCGCAGCAACAGCACCAUCCUCACCAACACCACCACCAGCAGCAGCACCCCCAAAUGGUGUCAUUUGCAGGUCAAGACGCCGAUCAUCACUCGCAGUCUCAGUCUGUGAAGCAGCAUGUAUACCCUCCUUAUGCCACCAAAGCGAAGCCGCAGCAACCGUCAUUGAGCGACGAGGAGGAGCAGGGAUUCGCGGGGGAGGACGGUGGAGCAGACGGGAAGAAGAGGAUGUCUCCGUGGCAGAGAAUGAAGUGGACGGAUAACAUGGUGAGGCUUCUCAUCAUGGUGGUCUUCUACAUCGGCGACGACGGUGGCUCCGAAGGCAACGACCCCUCCGGCGCCGGCAAAAAGAAGCCCGGCGGGCUCCUGCAGAAGAAAGGCAAGUGGAAAUCGGUGUCCAGGGCCAUGAUGGAGAAGGGUUUCUAUGUGUCUCCGCAGCAGUGCGAGGACAAAUUUAAUGACCUAAACAAGAGGUAUAAGAGAGUUACAGAUAUCCUGGGAAGAGGUACGGCUUGCAAGGUUGUGGAGAAUCAGAGCUUGCUGGACACAAUGGAACAGCUCUCGCCUAAGACGAAGGAUGAGGUCCGGAAGCUUCUCAAUUCUAAGCAUCUCUUCUUCAGGGAGAUGUGCGCCUACCACAACAGCUGUGGCGGUGGUGGUCUGGGAGGUGGAGCUGGCGGUGGCCACCAUCCGUCGGAGGUGGCGGCAGAGUCGGCAAAUCAUCAGCAGCAACAGCAUUGCUUCCAUUCGUCCGAAGGUCCUUCUGUUAUUAGCAAUUCGAAGGGCUUAAGCAGGGGGGAGACCGAGGGGUUAAAGAUGAGGACUGGAAGCGGCCGUGAAGAGGAGGAGGAUUGCGACGACGACGAUGACGACGACGAUGACGACGAUGACGACGACGAUGACGACGAGGAAUCUAUGGAAAAUGGUGGAAGGGGCCAUAGUAGUGAGCAUGGAGGAGCAGAAGGAGGGGGUGGACGUGAGGAAGAGGAAGACAACGAGAAAUUGGGUUCGAGGAAAAGGAAGAGGAAGAGGAGAGGGAUGUCUUCGACUCCGCCAUUGAUACAGCAGUUGAACAGUGAGAUGAUGAAUGUGCUUCAGGAUGGGGCGAAGAGCCCAUGGGAGCAGAGAGAGUGGAUGAGGACCAAGUCGGUGCAGUUGGAGGAACAGAGGGUGAGCUAUCAAUGUCAAGCAGUUGAGCUGGAGAAGCAGCGGUUCAAAUGGAUCAAGUUCAGUGGGAAGAAGGAGAGAGAGAUGGAGAGACUGAAGCUUGACAACGAGAGAAUGAGGCUUGAGAAUGAAAGAAUGGUUCUUCUCCUUCGCCAGAAGGAGCUGGAACUGAUCAAUCUUCAUCAGAAUCAACAACAACAACAGCAACAACACUCCUCAAACAAGAGGCCCGAUCAAUCUACUUAAAUUGUAUAAACAUAUAUUAGUCUAGACUUGAAUAGAUUGGAUUUGUUGAAUAAAUUGGAUUUAUGUAAUGGCUUUUUGAGCAACUUUCUCUGUAAAUAUCUCUCUCAAAUCUCAACUCUGAACCUCAGUCCCACUCCUCUUGGCCUAAUUUGUUACAUCAAUCUCAAUUGUGGGUUUUGUUUCCACAAUGUUUCAGUGAAACUUU